CACGAGAAGGUCAAGCUCUUCUGCCUCACUGACCGCGCUGUUGUCUGCUUCUUCUGUGACGAGCCCGCCGUGCACGAGCAGCACCAGGUCACCAAUGUGGAUGAUGCUUUCGAAGAGCUGCAGCGGGAGCUGAAGGAGCAGCUCCACGGGUGGCUGCAGGAGAGCGAGCGUGGCCACACCGAAGCCCUGCACCUCCUCAAACGGCAGCUGGCUGAGACCAAGUCUUCAGCCAAGAGCUUGCGGGUGACUAUCGGGGAGGCUUUUGAGCGGCUGCACCGGCUGCUGCGGGAGCGGCAGAAGGCAAUGCUGGAGGAGCUGGAGGCGGACACGGCGCGGACGCUGACCGACAUCGAGCAGAAGAUCCAGCGCUACAGCCAGCAGCUCCGCAAGGUGCAGGAGGGCAGCCAGAUCCUCCAAGAGCGCUUGGCCGAAGCUGACAAACACAUCUUUUUAGCCGGCAUCGCGUCCCUUUCCGAGAGACUAAAGGGGAAGAUCCACGAGACCAACCUGACCUACGAGGACUUUCCCACCUCCAAAUACAUGGGGCCGCUGCAGUACACCAUCUGGAAAUCCCUUUUCCAGGAUAUCCAUCCGGUGCCGGCAGCGCUGACGCUGGACCCCGGCACAGCUCACCACCGCCUCAUCCUCUCUGACGACUGCACCAUCGUGGCGUACGGCAACCUGCACCCCCAACCGCUGCAGGACUCCCCCAAACGCUUCGACGUGGAGGUCUCGGUCUUGGGUUCGGAGGCGUUCGGCGGCGGGGUCCACUACUGGGAGGUGGUGGUCUCUGAGAAGACCCAGUGGAUGAUCGGCUUGCCCUGGCCCCGGCUCAACGUCAAGAGCAAGUUGGAGAAGGUGGGGGUCUUCCUGGACUACGACAAGGGGCUUCUCAUCUUCUACAAUGCCGACGACAUGUCCUGGCUCUACACCUUUCGGGAGAAGUUUCCCGGCAAGCUCUGCUCUUAUUUUAGCCCCGGGCAGAGUCACGCCAACGGGAAGAACGUCCAACCCCUCCGGAUCAACACCGUGCGCAUCUAA